CUUCCACCUCCCGCCACUCCCUCUCGUCGCCGCUGCUGCCUCGCUUCUCUCCCUUUGCGCGAAUCGCAUGGCCGCUGGUGGUCGCGGCAGACAGACAGAGGCCGACGCGUCCAGCCUGAACAAUGUCGAACGCCUCCUCCUCUGUCAGUGCGUGUAUGAAUAUGGCUCCAACUCUUGGCCAGAGGUGGCCAAAGUCCUCUCGGCACAUCCUAUGAUCUCGCGCCCAAAGACGUUCUUCACGCCCCAAACUUGUUCUGUGAUCUAUACCCAACUAAUGCAAGAGGCCCAACUUGAAUGCUCGGACGCACUCGCCGUCCGUCGUGCAUCUCUGCACCACAAGCUAGCCAGUAUACACUGGCAAAGACGUAUACAGGAACUCAAAGACUUGAUUGCUGCUGAAGAAUCGAGAUUCAAAACUCUCGUCGCAGAGAUUGACGACAUCCGUGCUGGACGAUGGGAUGAAAAAGUCAGGACAAAUCUCGGUCUGCCCACAGAAGAUUCCGAAAGUCACAAAGACGAGGAAAGCCGCACAGAAGAACCCGCGACCGAGCAGCGGGAGGCUACGCCUGCCGUAGACAUAGAGAUCGACGAAGUAGCUGGCGUCCAAGAAUCGCUGGAAGUGGCGUCUGAAACGCACAUCUCGGAGUCCGAAGUGCAAGAGGUGCAGGAGUCUGACCUCACUUCUGUUGACCAGUCCAGUCCUUCGAAGGCUGUGGAGGAACCGCUCGAAGACGUCCAUGAAACGGAAGAGGUUCCAGAAAUUGAUCUCACUGGCGAGGAUGAGACUAAGGAGCACGAGGAUACUGUCCCCGCUCCCCAGGAACCAGAGCAGGGCUCAGAAGACGACGUCGACAUGGUAGUCGAAGACCAGUCAAGCCCCUUCCCUGCACCGCCGAGUGCUGCUCCAGAAGAAGCAGAAGAGCCUACAGUGACCCCAGCAGCAGAGGCAGAGGAUGACACUACAGCACAGGCGGGGCAAGACGAGGAACCACCACCUCCAACUCCAGCGGAGUCGCCGGAGACUGCUCUCGCUGACAUGAUCGAAGACACCAACCAAGCCAAGCAAGGGGAAUCCCCAGAGUCGACAGCAUCUCCGGAUGAGGCGCAGCGAGCAGACGGCAAACGGAAGGCAACAGACCUAGAUGACUCCCUGUCCGACUCGGCGCGAGACAAGAAACGUCCGCGGGAAGACUCCGAGCCCGCUGACGACGAGGAAGCCGCACCCUCGACAGGACUCAGACGCCGGAUAGGUCGUCCGCCCGCCGUAGAUAACCCCGUCGUCUCCAAGCGCUUCCAAAACAUGAUUGGCAUGCUGCACUCCCAGAUCUCGCAGCACCGCUACGGCAACAUCUUCCACAACCCCAUCCGCAAGGCGGAGGCGCCGGACUACCACGACAUCGUGAAGCGGCCCAUGGACCUCAAGACCAUCAAGUCGCGCAUCAAGGACGGGCUGAUUGCCAACUCGCUGGAAUUCCAGAGGGACGUGUACUUGAUGUUUGCGAAUGCGAUGAUGUACAACAGGCCGGGCUCUGAGAUCUAUAACAUGGCAGAGGAGAUGAUGCAAGAGAGCGAGGUACAGAUCAACGCCUUCCGCCAGACAGAGGGCUUCCACCGGACGUAACAUCACACUCAUUUUUGCUCCAUAAUGCGAUG